AUGCCCUUCUACCCAGACCCGAUAGACUCCCUCCGCGAGCAAGGCCUCGUCUCAAAGACGUACCCCUACGCCGAGUCUAGCUCUCCACGAGAUCGACAAAGAUCAGCAGCAGCAGCAUCAGCGGAUAAUUCAAGCUCAUUGUCACAAGACAGUCCUUCUGGUUCCUCGGGUUCGGGUGGUGCUUCUUCGAAGAAUGACAAGUUGAGCGCAGCAGAGGUUGGACUUGUGAAUAAGCGGGCACAGAUGAAUGCUACGCUCACGGGGGUAUUGGGAGCUUUUGCCGUCGGCUUAGGAGCACGCAAGACGAUGCGUAUGACCCCAAACGCCUCCGUAGUGAUCGGCAUCGUCUCAGGCAGCUUCAUCGCCUACCUCGAAGCGCGCACGGAGCUCGCGCGAGGAAUGGCCGCUCUUGCCUAUUCUCACGAGAUGCGCACGGGAAAGAGACCCUUUGGCGUGAGUGCUCCUGAAGAUCCGGAGCUUUUGCGGGAUGCAAGUGGGAAUUUGGGGGAUUCGGAUGGGGAAGGGUUUGAGCAGGGGCAAGGAAAGGGGGAAUUCUCGAGACAUUAA